GGGGGGGCAGCAGGAGGAGGAGGAGGCGGCGGCGGUGCUGGGAGCUCCUGUCACCGGCGGGCCCAGGGCGGGGAAACCCGGGGGAGGGGGCUGGCGGAGUGAAAGGAGGGCCACCAACCAAGGACUGGGGGAAGGGUAGGGCGAGCUCGUCUGAGCCAGGAGGAAGACCAGGCCGGGCCGAGCGAGGAAGCGGAUCGCGGGCCCACGGCUCGCUGCAGGGCCAGGCAGGGGAGACAGAGGAGGGGGCUCGGGCUCCGGCCCCAGCCCGGACAUGGGGGCAGCGAACCCCGCGGCCCGCGGGCUCGGCCGCCGCCUCUCUUCGCUUCUACUGCUGCUGCUGCUGCGCCCAGAACCCGGGAGCUCAUCCAGAGGGACGCCUAGCCCGGGGGAGAUCACGGGGGUCCCCCAGGUGGCUGGGCUCUGCGGGAGGCUGACCCUACACCGAGACCUGCGCACAGGCCGCUGGGAACCUGACCCUCAGCGCUCACGCCGCUGCCUCCGAGACCCGCAGCACGUGCUAGCCUAUUGCAGACAGGUGUACCCCGACCUUCAGAUCGGCCGCGUGGAGGAGGCCUCCCGACCCAUCCCCAUGGAGCGCUGGUGCGGGGGUGCCCGCGGGACCAGAUGUCCCCACCACGUGGUGAUCCCCUAUCACUGCCUGCCAGGUGAGUUUGUGAGCGAGGCCCUUCUGGUUCCGGAAGGAUGCAAGUUCCUGCACCAGGAGCGCAUGGAUGAGUGCGAGGGCUCUGCCUACAGGCACCAGCAGGCCCAAGAGGCUUGCCGCUCUGAGGGCCUCGUCCUUCACGGCUCAGGGAUGCUUCUCCCGUGUGGAACAGACCGCUUCCGGGGGGUGGAAUAUGUCUGCUGCCCCGCCCCAGGCACCUCCGUACCUCCCCGGACCCCCCACAGUGAUGCUCCCACCCAGCCCCAGGCCCCAGAUGGGGAGGAGGAGGAGGAAGAAGAGGAGGAGCCAUUUCCCCAAACGGUGGAUGACUAUUUUGUGGAGCCCCCAGGGGAGGAAGAGGAAGAGGAGGAGGGAGAGCCCAGAAGACUCCAGCACCUCAGCACCCAACCUCCUUCCAGGGCCAGCAAAGGGAGCCCAACAGCCCGACCUACGGAUGGUGUGGACGUGUACUUUGGAAUGCCGGGCGAGGGGGGAGAACAUGCAGGCUUCCUGAGGGCUAAGAUGGAUUUAGAGGAAAGGCGGAUGCGUCAGAUCAAUGAGGUCAUGCGGGAAUGGGCCGAGGCGGACAACCAAGCCAAGAACCUGCCCAAGGCUGACAGGCAGGCUCUAAACGAGCACUUCCAGUCAAUCCUGCAGACCUUAGAGGAGCAGGUCUCGGGGGAACGCCAGCGACUGGUGGAGACCCACGCGGCCCGCGUCAUCGCCCUCAUCAAUGACCAGCGCCGAGCCGCCCUGGAGGGCUUCCUGGCAGCUCUUCAGGGGGACGAGCCCCAGGCAGAGCGAGUGCUCCAAGCCCUGAAGAGGUAUCUGCGGGCUGAGCAGAAAGAACAGAGACACACCAUCCGCCACUACCAGCACGUGGCUGCCGUGGACCCCGAGAAAGCGGAGCAGAUGCGCUUCCAGGUGCAGACCCACCUCCAGGUGAUCGAGGAGCGCAUGAAUCAAAGCCUGGGGCUGCUGGAGCAGAACCCACGCCUGGCCCGGGAGCUGCAGCCUCAAAUCCAGGAUCUGCUGCGGGCCGAGCACGUUGGUCCCGGGGAGCUGGAGGCCCCUCCCCCAGGGGGCAGCAGUGAGGACGGGGGCGGCCCCCUGCCGCCUGCCGCAGACGAAGACAUGGGUGCAACGAUGCCUCUUAAAGGCUUCACUGAAGGGGAUGGAGCCGAGCGCCUUCAGGAGCAUAAGGUGAAUGUCUCCGUCCCUCGGGGUCUCCCGUUCCGUUCUCCUGAGAUCCAGAGAGAUGAGCUGGAGCCCGGAAUGGGUGCAGGGACGGGUGUGGCCCGUGGCGCCGUGGCGGGGCUCCUGGUUGUGGCCGUGGCCGUGGCUGCUGUGGUCGUCCUGUCUCUGCUGGUGGCCCGGAGGAGGCGACCUUACGGGGCCAUCAGCCAUGGGGUUGUGGAGGUGGACCCGAUGCUGAGCCUGGAGGAGCAGCAGCUCCGGGAGCUUCAGAGACAUGGGUAUGAGAACCCGACCUAUCGGUUCCUGGAGGAGCGACCCUGAGGGGCCGGACCCUGCCCCAACCCCCGCGUCCCCAAACCCUAACUCUGGGGAACCCCAAGCCCCCAGCCUCUGACCCAGAAGGAUCCCCAAGCCCCCAGUCCCUGUCUUUGACCCUUAAACCCCCAACCUCUGACACUCCUGCUCUCUGAGCUUAGAGUGCCCCUAAGCCCACGGCUCCCCAUCUCCUCCCCUAAUUUAUUUUCUAAGUUAAUUGGGUACAGAAAAGCUGCCCCCUCCACCCCAGGGCUCCCACUCCGUGUCUCCCAUCUUGUGUCCCAGUGAAACUAAUGACUCAAUAAACCUUCCCUGUCCAA